AGAGUGUAAUGGGAGAAAAAAUAAAAAAUAAAAAAGCAACUGAAUUUCCAUUUUGAGACCACAGGUGUAGUUAUCGCAUUGAUUCUAAUUUCUCUGACGAUAAACACGAAGCCAGGUUAGGUAAUUAGGUUGUUUGUUUUUUUCUAAAGCCAUCCCACUCCCAGUGUGGCUUUUCGGAAACCGCCGUGUACAGUAACUGGUUUUGAAGCAACGCCGGCGUGACCACAACGCCACUUUUUUUCCCCUGUGGCCAUGCCUCCUCAAGACACCCAACAACCUCUGCUAGAGCAAGAGGAGACCGCCUACGAUUCCUCGGAGAAGGUCGUGGUGGUCGGAAUCGACGAGCACGGCGGGGACGUGGAGGCCCCGCCGUUCUCAUGGAGGAAGCUUUGGCUCUUCACUGGGCCCGGCUUUCUCAUGAGCAUCGCCUUCCUGGAUCCCGGGAACCUCGAGGGGGAUCUUCAGUCGGGUGCCAUUGCUGGGUACUCGCUCUUGUGGCUCCUCAUGUGGGCCACGGCUAUGGGCCUUAUUAUCCAGCUUCUCUCGGCCCGUCUCGGCGUCGCCACUGGGAGACACUUAGCCGAACUCUGCAGAGAAGAGUACCCUGCGUGGGCUAGGAUUGUGCUGUGGUUGAUGACCGAGGUUGCUCUUAUUGGCUCCGACAUACAAGAGGUUAUUGGCAGCGCUAUUGCUAUUAGGAUUCUCAGUAACGGCGUCGUUCCGCUCUGGGCUGGGGUUGUUGUUACCGCUUUCGAUUGUUUCAUUUUUCUCUUUCUUGAGAACUAUGGCGUCAGGAAAUUGGAGGCGUUUUUCGCUGUUCUCAUUGGUGUAAUGGCUCUCUCAUUUGCUUGGAUGUUUGGUGAAGCAAAGCCUGAUGGUGUUGAUGUUCUCGUAGGUAUUUUGGUCCCUAAACUUAGCUCCAGAACUAUACAGCAAGCUGUUGGAGUUGUGGGUUGCAUUAUUAUGCCUCACAAUGUGUUUUUGCAUUCUGCGCUUGUUCAGUCAAGGCAGGUUGACCCCAGCAAGAAAGGGCGUGUUCAAGAAGCUAUUAAUUACUACUCUAUAGAGUCCACCAUCGCCCUUGCAGUGUCCUUUAUCAUUAAUAUAUUUGUCACAACUGUGUUUGCUAAGGGCUUUUAUGGUACCGAAAUAGCAAAUAGCAUUGGUCUUGUAAAUGCAGGGCAGUACCUUCAGGAGAAGUACGGGGGUGGACUAUUCCCAAUCCUGUAUAUAUGGGGUAUCGGGUUAUUAGCAGCGGGCCAGAGUAGCACAAUCACGGGUACAUAUGCUGGACAAUUUAUCAUGGGGGGUUUUUUGAAUUUAAGGUUGAAAAAAUGGAUCAGGGCAUUAAUUACACGAAGUUUUGCAAUCAUCCCAACCAUGAUAGUUGCUCUUAUAUUCGAUACCUCGGAGGAAUCAUUAGAUGUUCUGAAUGAAUGGCUUAAUGUUCUCCAGUCAGUUCAAAUCCCCUUUGCACUCAUCCCCUUGCUUUGCUUGGUGUCCAAAGAACAGAUAAUGGGUAGUUUCAAAAUCGGCUCAGUCCUCAAGAUUAUUUCCUGGCUUGUGGCUGCUCUGGUGAUAGUGAUAAACGGCUAUCUUCUGCUGGAAUUCUUCUCCUCUGAAGUGAACGGAGCAGUGUUUGCCACUGUAGUGUGUGUAUUAACAGCUGCCUAUGUGGCAUUCAUACUUUACCUUAUUUCACGGGCCAUUACCUUUACACCGUGGCAAAGUUUAACCCGAUCAAAGACGGUUGCUGGCGCAGAGAAUUGAGAAGUCAAUUGUAAUUCCUUAAAACCAUGGAGUAGAAAAUGCUUUGCGGUUGAAGGCUUUCAUGAGUACUUUUCCUCGAUUCUUUUUGGCAUACUCAUGCUUGUUAUUUAUAAAGCAACUUAUGGUUUGAUGCUGGGGGCAGUGGUACCUUGUUGGUUGUCAUACUUCCAUGAAACAAGUCAGAGUUGAUGUCCCUAUAUUACUGUCAAAAUUAGAUGUAUAAUGCAGCUGUAACCAUGCCUUGGAUAUUGAGAUAAUCUAAUGUAGUUGAGACACCUUUUAAAAUUUCGAUGUUCAAAGAAGUUGUUCCCUUUAUUGUUCUAUCUUGCUCGCACUAUCCAUUCUAUUUUGGAUUUGUUUUAGGUUGUGGGUGGAAUAUAUGCUACUUGCGUUCAAAUUUUGGCAUGGACGAUUGUGGGAGAGUACUGGGAAUUUGACGAAUGCAUUCCCGUGAUUAUUUUGUUGUG